AAUAAAAGUUUUAAUGGGUGGUAAUUUCAAAUUAGAACCCCUUUUUGAAUGGUAAUUUAAAAUUUUUCCUAUUUUAUAUUGCGAGCGUUAACGGGAGCUUCGAGGGCGGUGUGCCGGUGUCUACUAGACCCAAAAACAAUAUACCAAAUUUUUUGUCUUAUUCAAAUCUUGACCAAAAAAAAAAACAAAAAAAAAAAAACAAAAUCAAGAGUAAAACACACGAUGGGGCCAAACUUUGUUCACCUUGACACCUUCACCAUUACUGAGUGACCUCCAAGCGUACAAUGCUCAUCUUCUCCGACAACUCCCCUCCUUUCCCCCGCCAUUAACGAUCUCUCUUCUACACACAUACAGACACUCUCUCUCUUCCUCCCCAUUUUCCCUCCUUCUCCUCAGAUCCACACCCUUCUAUUCUAGAUCUCUCUUUCCCCAAAUCCCCACUUCCCCAAUCAUCUUCCUCAAAUCAUCUUCCUCAUCAAAUAAUCAUGUCACACACAAAUCCAAACAGCGACACAAUCCCACUCCAUUCCUCCUCCCAAUCCGACAUCGACGAGAUCGAGAAUCUCAUCCACUCCUCCAUUCACUCCGCCCCUUCGUCCGUCCUCCCCGCCGCUCGCCCCCCUUCUCCUCCUCGCGCCUCCAUCCCCGUCUCCUCUUCCUCCUCCACCCCUUCUCCUUUCAUCCCCUCCAAUCUCCCCCCUCCUUCCGCCCCUCCUCCCUCCAAACCCCACUCCGUACCCUCUAUUACACCCUCCCCACCACCUUCAUCAUCAUCUAACUCUGCCGGUAUUGCCGCUUCUGGGUUCGGCUCCCCUCCCAACACCCUCACUGAGCCUGUUUGGGAUACUGUUAAGCGAGAUCUGUCCCGAAUUGUUAGUAAUUUGAAGCUUGUUGUCUUUCCUAAUCCUUAUAGGGAAGACCCUGGUAAGGCGCUUCGUGAUUGGGAUCUUUGGGGUCCCUUUUUCUUCAUUGUCUUCCUUGGUCUUACCUUGUCUUGGUCUGCUUCUGUCAAAAAGUCAGAGGUGUUUGCUGUUGCUUUUGCCCUUCUUGCUGCUGGUGCUGUAAUUUUGACACUAAAUGUACUGCUAUUGGGUGGACACAUAAUUUUCUUCCAGAGUUUGAGCCUUCUAGGCUACUGCCUUUUCCCUUUGGACGUCGGAGCUCUCAUCUGCAUGUUAAAGGAUAAUGUGAUUAUCAAGAUAGUUGUGGUUUGUGUGACUUUGGCCUGGAGUUCGUGGGCUGCAUAUCCAUUUAUGAGUUCAGCAGUUGGCCCAAGGAGAAAAGCUUUGGCUCUCUACCCAGUGUUCCUCAUGUAUGUAUCCGUUGGAUUCCUCAUCAUUGCUAUUGAUUAAUUGCUGAGGGGUGCUCUUGAGAAAUAUCAGCUGGGGAUGCUGCACCAAUAUAUAUAUUUUCAUGCUGAACUGGUUGUGGAUUCUUCAAACAAAAUCUUGUUGGCCUGAUAGUUUAUCGAUAACCAAUUUUGUAUAACAUUCUAUAGCAAAUUAUAUGCAAACCUGGAUAACGUGCUCUGAAUGUUUGUUAUUUUAGUUUGUUCAGUUGAUAUAUUCAUCUGUGUAAUGAGAAGUGUCUGGAAUAUAUAUCUGAAGUUCUGAUAUAAGUAAUCGUCUCCGCUUUGCUUUAGUGGUUAA